AUGACCCUCCUGCUCAUCAUUCGCUUCGUUCUCGCACGCGAGAACAAGCGGAGAGAUGCGGAGCCUCCAGAUAUGACAUAUGAUGACGUCUACAUUGAGGUCGUCCUGCCUGAUGGGAAACGCGUUGAACGCAAGGUAGAGAAGGAGUUCCUGGAUCUGACGGACAUCCAGAACCAUGACUUCCAUACGUAUUGUAGCAGUUAG